UCUAGAUGGAGCUGGCCUCUGUGGUCUUGGGGGUUCUGAAGUUUCCCCAAACCCACACUGCAGCUCACUUGGCUGAGGCCAAAAAUCUUCUCAUGGAAGAAUGGGGAAUUAAAGGGAAGGUGACAGGCCUGGUUACAGACUGUGCUCCCAACAUGGUUGCAUGUGCUAAUAUAUUACUGCUUCGGCACAUAAUGUGUUUUGCACAUAUGCUUAAUUUGGUGGUGAAAAAGUCCCUUGCCCAAACCCCUGAACUAGAGGAUAUCCGAAGUAAGGGGCGUAGGAUUGUCGGUCUUUUUAAAUCCAGCACCACAGCGAAGGAGAAGCUGUCAGAGAUGCAGCGACAGCUGGCCAGGCCAGAGCACAAAUUAAUACAAGAGGUGGAAACAAGAUGGAACAGCACAUUUAAUAUGUUGGAAAGGUUGUUUAAGGAGAGAGAGCCACUGGGGGCAGCUCUGGCCACCCUCCAUACAGACCUUCCUCCACUCACCUCAGAGGACUACCAGGCCAUACACCACUGCUUGAGCAUUCUUUCACCGUUUCAAGAGGCCACAGUUGAGCUUUCGACAAAAAACGAGUGUCAGCAUCCAAAGUCAUUCCCAUGGUCAAAAUGCUGAAACAUUACAUCUCAAGCAGGUGUGGUCAGAUCACACACCCACUUGGUGAAAAACUGGCCACUAACUUGAAGAACAAUCUCCAUGAGAGGUUUUCAGCUCUGGAGAAGGUCACUGCUCUGUCAAUGGCAACCUUGUUGGACCCAAGGUUUAAAGAGCUGGGGUUCUGCAGCCAAGGCUCUGCCCACACGGCCAUAGAGCGACUCACUAAAGAGUGUGCUGCAACAAUGCAGGCGCUACUUCCAGAGGCACAGCCACAGUCGCCACCUAGAGAAGGUCCUUCAAGUCAGCAGGAAGAUGGUGGUCUCUGGGCCCUGCUGGACAGGCAUGUGGGGGUUCAACAGCAGGUGACCAGCACAACUGCCAGUGCAACAGUGGAGGUUCAGAGGUACAGUAAAGAUUAGAAUCCUCAUCAUAACUUCUGCUCAUUUUAGACUGGUGCAUGACAAUAGGCUAUUAAUGUCCUUCUAGGUACUUAAAGGAACCUCACAUCCCAAGGACUCAGGACCCACUGAGAUACUGGGUUACCCACAAGGUUUUAUACCCACAUCUCUACAAGC